AUGAAUACGCAAAGUCUCUCAUCAAAUGACAAAGGUUUACUAACAAAAUUAUCACAAAAUAAUGAAACUACUAUUGUUAGUAACAAUAAUGCUUAUUUUAAAGGCAAUUUUUAUGAAAAAAAAAAUAAUGAGUGGGUAGACUCUGACCUUAAUGAAUUUACUAAAAUAUUAAAUGCGGAAUCAUUUUUUGAUGAUACGUUUAAGCAAAUUGUACGACAAAUAAAACGUAAAAAAAAUUAUAAAAUUAAAAGUAGAGGGAAAGCGACACAAAUUGAGAUUUACGAUAAAUUUCGCACGUUUUUAAAUUAUAAUAAAGUAAAUGUCGAAGAUGAUAUUGAAAUAUUCGAAGAGUUUUCUGGAUUUCAAAAAGUACUCGAAGAGUUUGAAAUUAAAAUUAAAAUUGGAAAUAUUUUAGAUAUUUUAAAUAAUCGAAGUAAAGCUAAAAGUUGUGUAAAAAGAAAAUGGCAAGUUUGUGAUAUUGGACCAUCUUAUUUACUUGACAUAAAAAAUGAAAAAUGGGAUGAACUUUUAAAAGAAUUAAAUAUAGAAAAUAUAGAAGAAAGUGAUAAUGAUGAGGAUCUGGAACUUAGGUUACGAUCUAAAAAUUUCUACUUUGAAUUGCAACAAAAUCUUGAAAUUCAAUUGUUAUAUGGAAUUGACGAUGUUUAUAUUGAAAUUGAGGAAGCAUUAAUUAAAAGAAAACACUUAUUAAAUAUAAAUUGA